AUGAGGCGACGGACGCGCGGCGCAUUCCUCAAUCUUCUUCUUUUCCUCGGCGCCCUAUUCUUCAUCUUCUACCUAAACGGCACGGGUGGCGGUAACGGUGGCGGUGGUAGUAGUAGCGAUCGUGAUCGUGGUCGUGGUCGUGGUAGUGGUGGGCGUCACCGAUUCUUCGCAUGGUCGACCGUCCACUACAAGACGCCUGCCACCACUCUUCCCGCCUCUCGCGGCAUCUGCCCGGGCCUCGCGGACGCAGAGACAUCAAAACCAGCCUUGGUCGUGGCGCGUGUGACUGCCGACGGCGACACGCGAUGGCUCGAGGACGACGCAUUUGGGAUAUCGCAGAAAUACCAUGUCUGCAUCUAUACUGCAGAUGCUCCAGAUCCAGAUCGAGACCGAGACCCAGCUGACUUGGAUCCUACAUCUCACCAUCUGCGAGUCCCUGCGAACCGCGGCCACGAGGCCAUGGCAUAUCUCACUUUCCUGAUCGACAACUACGCACACAUACCGGCUGCGGGCGCGGUGUUCGUGCACGGGUCGCGCUGGGCCUGGCAUAACGACAUGCCGGACUACGACAACGCGGCCGCCCUCCAGGCGCUCAAUGUCUCUGCUGCGCUGGAGCCGGUCGGAUACCAUAAUCUUCGCUGCGACUGGAGUGCCAGUACAUGUCCGACGUUGGAUACAGACUCGAAGGUCUGGCCGGGCCAAGCCAGCCUAGCCACGUCGAUCCGCGCCAUGCUGGAGCCGUGGAACGAGCGUGUCGUGUCGGACGCGGCUCUACCCUUGGCGCUCGUCGCGCUGUUUGGAGAUGCUGGCACCUCCACCUCCGCCUCUGUGCGUCAUGACAAGUCCAAGUCUGAGCUUACCGUGCCAGGAGACCGGCUGAUGCUCGGUCGGAACGAUGCCGUGCGCGCCCAGUGUUGUGCCCAAUUCGUCGUGUCGCGCGACAGUGUGUGGCGCCAUUCGAGGGACGAAUAUAUUGCUCUGCGACAGUGGCUGUUGGACGGGAGUGAGACUAAGACUGAGACUGAGAAGAAUACGAAUGUCGGAGCAGCACCGCCCAACGACCGCGUCGCAGGCCGAAUCUUGUCAUAUAUCUGGCAUAUUUUGUUCAUUCGGCCAUGCAACAGCAACGCAGUACCCAACUCCAACUCGGGACUCGACUCAUCAUCAUCAUCAUCGUCGUCGUCAUCGCCAUUCUGUGAUGGUAGUGCUGACAUCGACCUCGACAUCGACCUCGACCGCCUCAAUGUCUUGGCCUGUCCGCCCGCCCGGGAAUGCUACUGUCGUCUCUACGGCCGCUGCGACCUGCAGGGCUGCACCUCGCCCGAACGCUGUCCGGGUCAGUAUGUUGUGCCUCCGCACUUUCGACUGCCGCCUGACUGGGCAGAGAGGCAUUCAUGA